GGGAAGCAAUGUAUGAGUCAUCGCACACUAAUGAGAUUGGGGAAGGCAUUAGGAAACACAGCGAGCUUCGUCGUUGUGGAAAAUUAGGGCACAGAGCAAGAAGCAUCGGCCUCGUGCCCAUCUGAAUUGUAACCGGCCAUCGUCACCGGAGCCUCUUGUUGACGGCGAAAACGCUUAUAUCUCACUCUGUUGCAUGUGUUUUGUUCUUAUAUUUACCCCAAAGCCUCCCCCGUUUUCGUCGCAGCGGCGCUUCCAAUUGUAUCUCCGCCGCCGCAUAUUGGGUGUCGGAUCUCGGGCCAAGAUCGCGGAGCUCAUACGUGCGGCCAGCAAAUCAACACCACCCCUGUACAUUUGGAAAUCCGUACCGUUGAGGACUUGACAGCGGCAGGAUGAAAAGUUUUGAAUAAUAAGGAGCUGGAGUAGGGGUGUAUUGGGUAUAUUUAUGUAUGGCUGAUCAGUCGAUGACCGUACUUCCUGAUUCAUCGUCUCUUGAUUUGACAGAUUACUCUUUAGUUAUUGGGCAGGAAUUCCCUGAUGUUGAGACUUGCCGAAGAACCCUAAAGGACAUUGCCAUAGCAUUGCAUUUUGAUCUUCGGAUUGUGAAAUCUGAUCGUAGCCGGUUUAUUGCCAAAUGCUCAAAGAAGGGUUGUCCCUGGCGUGUACAUGUCGCAAAAUGCCCGGGGGUUCCUACGUUUUCAAUUAGAACCCUUAAUGGAGAGCAUACAUGUGAAGGAGUUCGCAACCUUCAUCAUCAGCAAGCCUCGGUUGGAUGGGUUGCCAGGUCUGUUGAAGCACGGGUGAGGGACAACCCGCGGUAUAAACCCAAGGAAAUUUUGCAAGAUAUUCGUGAUCAGCAUGGAGUUGCUGUGUCUUACAUGCAAGCUUGGCGUGGCAAGGAGCGCAGCAUGGCUGCAUUACAUGGAACUUUUGAAGAAGGAUAUCGCCUUCUUCCAGCAUACUGCGAACAGAUAAGGAAAACUAACCCAGGAAGCAUUGCAUCGGUUUUUGCCACUGGACAAGAAAAUUGCUUCCAAAGGCUCUUCAUAUCUUACCGAGCAUCAAUCUACGGUUUUAUAAAUGCUUGUAGACCACUUUUGGAACUUGACAAAGCACACCUGAAGGGGAAGUAUCUGGGUGCAUUACUUUGUGCUGCUGCUGUUGAUGCUGAUGAUGCCUUGUUUCCGUUGGCUGUUGCUGUUGUUGAUGUGGAAAGCGAUGAGAAUUGGAUGUGGUUUAUGUCUGAAUUGCGAAAGCUUCUUGGAGUAAAUACUGACAACAUGCCAAGACUUACAAUACUUUCUGAAAGGCAACCAGGAAUCGUUGAGGCAGUUGAGACUCAUUUCCCAAGUGCAUUUCAUGGUUUUUGCUUGAGAUACAUAAGUGAGAAUUUUCGUGAUACAUUUAAGAAUUCCAAGUUGGUGAACAUCUUUUGGAACGCUGUUUAUGCCCUUACAGCAAUUGAGUUUGAAAGCAAGAUAUCUGAGAUGGUAGAAAUAUCACAAGAUGUCAUACAAUGGUUUCAGCAAUUUCCACCCCAACUGUGGGCUGUUGCCUAUUUUGAGGGGGUGCGAUAUGGGCACUUCACAUUGGGGGUGACAGAAAUAUUGUAUAACUGGGCCCUUGAGUGUCAUGAACUACCCAUUGUACAGAUGAUGGAACACAUCCGCCUUCAGAUGUUAUCUUGGUUCACUGAGCGUCGUAAUAUGGGCUUGAGAUGGGCCUCAAUUCUUGUACCAACGGCUGAGAAGAGGAUUUUAGAAGCAAUUGCAGAUUCUCGUUGCUAUCAAGUACUUCGUGCAAAUGAAGUUGAAUUUGAAAUUGUGUCUACUGAACGGACAAAUAUUGUGGACAUAAGAAGUAGAAUAUGUUCUUGUCGACGUUGGCAACUCUAUGGUUUGCCGUGUGCACAUGCUGCUGCAGCACUCAUAUCUUGUGGUCAAGACACCCAGUUAUUUGCUGAGCAUUGUUUCACAAUAGCUAGCUACCGUGAAACCUAUUCACAAUUGAUAAAUCCAAUUCCAGAGAGAAGCCUAUGGAACGAGCCUGGUGAGGGAGCUGAGGGUGGAGGUGCUAAAGUUGAUAUUACAAUACGCCCACCCAAGACCCGACGACCUCCUGGAAGGCCCAAAAAGAAGGUUCUUCGUGUGGAGAGUUUAAAGCGUCCCAAGAGAGUUGUCCAAUGUGGUCGCUGCCAUAUGUUGGGACAUUCUCAAAAGAAAUGCACAAUGCAAAAUUGAUCCUUAAUUAGUUGACAAAAUUAGUUGCCUUUUAUGUUUCUGCAAUUGCCCUAGAUAAAUUGUGCAUGUAAGCUUAGUCUGUGUUCUUUAAUACUCAGUUGCAAAAUAAGUAGUUUGGCCCUUUAUAAUGUGAUUUCACCUGUGUCCUUAACAUGUUA